UUUCCCAAAAGUCUAAAUACGACGGCCAUAUGCGUCGAACUUGUUCGCUUGCGGUUUUUCGGAACGCUGUUCUCGAAUUGUUAUAAAUUUUUUCUGAACUUUAAACAUUUAAUGUACGGAUAAAAAAAGUGUGAAUGAGUUUAAACUUAUACGGAUUUAUCAAUUGAGUUAAUUUUUCUCAAUAUGCAUGAAUUCUCGCAUCGCGAUAACUUAUAGUGGUUUGGCACGCAACGUAAUGCAGUUGCUGAAGUGAACGGAGCAAAGAUACACUUGAAUAAAUCGUGAAACGUGCACCGUAGUGUUUUUAAUACCGGCAUAUCAGUUUAUUCAUUAAAAGUGAACAUUAGUUUAAAAAAAAAUGGCUAACGAAAUGCAAAAUAAAAACCGAAUGAUGGUUUUUAAGAAUAAAGGCAAAGACCAAGAUGAAAUGAGAAGAAGACGAAAUGAAGUAACUGUAGAGUUGAGAAAAAAUAAACGAGAGGAAACAUUACAAAAAAGAAGAAAUGUUCCAAUUGCAGAUGAUGAUGAUAUUGAAAACACAUUGUCUAAAGUUGACUUGGAAGCAUUGGUACAAAAAGCUGCAAGUCUUGAUCCUAAGGAACAAUUGGCAGCUGUACAAUCAGCCAGAAAGUUAUUAUCGUCAGAUAGGAAUCCACCCAUUGAUCCAUUAAUUGAAAGUGGAAUUUUACCAAUUCUAGUUUGCUGUCUUGAAAAACAUGACAACCCAUCCUUACAAUUCGAAGCAGCGUGGGCUUUAACAAAUAUAGCGAGUGGAACAUCAACUCAAACACAAGCAGUUAUAACUGCUGGUGCUGUACCACUGUUUCUUCAAUUGUUGCAUUCCAGUCAACAAAAUGUUUGUGAACAGGCUGUAUGGGCUUUAGGAAACAUCAUUGGUGAUGGACCAGUACCACGAGAUUACGUGAUCAAACUUGGAGUUGUUCAACCAUUAUUGACUUUUAUAAAACCAGACAUACCUAUUACAUUUUUACGCAAUGUUACGUGGGUAAUUGUAAACUUAUGCAGAAAUAAAGAACCACCACCGCCAGUACAGACAAUAAAAGAAAUUUUACCGGCUCUCAACAUGCUCAUUCAUCAUACGGAUGUCAACAUACUUGUUGAUACCGUGUGGGCAUUGAGCUAUUUGACGGAUGGUGGUAACGAACAAAUACAAAUGGUAAUUGACAGCGGAGUUGUGCCACAACUUAUUCCACUUCUCUCUCACAAAGAAGUAAAACUCCAAACUGCAGCCCUUAGAGCAGUAGGAAAUAUUGUCACCGGUACCGACGAACAAACUCAAACUGUUUUAAAUUGCGAUGCGUUAUCGCACUUCCCUAAUUUAUUAACACAUCAAAAGGAUAAAAUUUGUAAAGAAGCUGUGUGGUUUUUGUCAAACAUCACGGCAGGAAAUCAAUCUCAAGUAGAGGCAGUGAUAGAGGCUGGAUUAUUACCUCUAAUUAUUCGUAACUUAUCUAAAUCAGAUUCUCAAACACAAAAAGAAGCUGCUUGGGCAAUUAGUAACUAUACAAUAAGUGGUAGUAGAGAUCAAGUGGCUAGAUUGAUUCAAGAAGGCGUUAUUGAACCAUUUUGUGAUCUAUUAUCAUGCAAAGACACGCAAGUUAUUCAAGUUGUGUUAGAUGGCAUUAAUAAUAUGCUCAAACAUGCUGGACCAGACGUAGAACAACUUGCUAACAUGAUUGAAGAAUGUCAAGGUUUAGAUAAGAUUGAACAACUUCAAAAUCACGACAACAUAGACAUUUACAAACUAGCUUAUGAGAUAAUCGAACAAUACUUUUCUGACGAAGGCGACGAAACGAAUUUAGCACCUCAAGUUGGAGAAGGAACAUAUGAAUUCGAUCCGACGACAGCUAUUCCAAAUGAAAGAUACAAAUUCUGAGACGACGCAAUUAUUCUUUAUUCAUCUAUGCUGCCGUCAAGAGGACAUUUCAGUGGAGCUACUUUUCUUUCUUUAUUAUCAUUCUACAAUCCAACUUCUCUGCUCCGAUAAUAUGAGGUGUAUUAAUCAGCGCACGGCACCUGAACCAAGAUUCGAGACGAAAUUUGGCCUUAAAAAUGGUGCAUAAUAUGGCCUUCCUUAAAAAUAAACAUUAAGUUAAAAAAACACUUCAAUCGGCAUUUAUUAACAAAUGCAUGCGAGCAGUCUCAGCGAAACAAUUAAGAAAUUAAGUACGAUCGAUCGUGUCCGCAUGUUCUUUUCUUCCAGUUUUUUUAGCAUAAACUUAUAUAAUUACUUUUAUUUUACAAUUAAAAUUAAAAUUAAUCAGUUCUAAACAAUUUAUCGAAUUAUUCAUAAGAACAUCAAAGUGAAAUUAUGUGUUAAUAAUCGUCAUGAUUUAUUUCUUUUGAUCUUUAUUAUGUUAAAAUAAAGUAAGGAAGUCUUUUGUGCUUACAUUCACAUCUCUUUAAUUUUUUCACCUAACUGAAUCUUGGUUCAGUUAUGUUAAAUUAACAAAACUAUCCGUGUAUAUUUUAGGCAUAUUGAAUUUAUAGUAAAUGUUGAUUACUAAAUAUGAAGAAUAAUUGACUACUUUCCGCCAGUAGGAGUAAUAAGUAAUAAUAAAAAAAUGUUCUGUAUGGAGCAGCUACAAUAAAACUUACCAUAAACAAAUUUA